GGUGCUUAAAAUCUACCCCACUCAUAAAAAAUCUUGAGUGAGGGAGCCCCACAUUACACCAGUUAUUACUCCGGGGGCGUGGAGUGCUUCGUGUCGUCUUUUCGCUUAAUGGUCUGAAGUUCAUUGCAUCCCCGGUUCGGCUGCUGCAAGAAUCAACCAGCUAACAAUGACUUCUUACACCGACAAGGGCGAAAAGCAUGAAAGAGGAAAGUUUAUUUGUUUCGACCACAUCACAUUCUGGGUUGGCAACGCCAAACAGGCGGCCUCAUUCUACUGCAACAAGAUGGGAUUUGAGCCCCUGGCGUACCGGGGCCUGGAGACGGGGAGCAGGGAGGUGGUGUCCCAUGUGGUCCAGCAGGACAAGAUCGUAUUUGUCUUCUCAUCUCCACUGAAUCCAGGAAACAAAGAGAUGGGAGAACAUCUCGUGGAACACGGAGAUGGAGUGAAAGACAUUGCGUUUUCAGUGGAGGACUGCGACUUUAUCGUUCAGAAAGCUCGGGAGCGUGGGGCUGUUGUUCUGAAGGAGCCCUACACAGAGGAAGACAAAUACGGCAAAGUGAAAUUAGCAGUGCUCCAGACGUAUGGGGACACCACUCACACGCUUGUGGAGAGGACGGACUACAGGGGACUCUUCCUGCCCGGGUUCAAGGCUCCUCUGUUCCGAGAGCCCCUGCUGGCCAAGCUGCCCAGCGGACAGCUGAACUUCAUUGACCACGUGGUGGGGAACCAGCCAGACGAUGAGAUGGUGCCUGUGGUGGAGUGGUAUCAGAAGAACCUUCUGUUCCACCGUUUUUGGUCAGUGGACGAUAAGCAGAUCCAGACGGAAUUCAGUUCCCUCCGUUCCAUUGUGGUGGCAAACUAUGAAGAGACUGUGAAGAUGCCCAUUAAUGAGCCCGCCAUAGGGAAAAGAAAAUCUCAGAUCCAGGAGUAUGUGGAGUAUUAUGGAGGUCCAGGAGUACAGCACAUUGCCAUGAAUACAUCAGACAUCAUCACAGCUAUACGCAACUUGAAGGAGCGAGGAAUGGACUUCAUGUCAGUCCCAGAUACUUACUAUGAGCAGCUGAGGGAGAAUCUCAAACAUUCCAAAGUCAAGAUCACGGAGGACUUGGCUGUACUAGAGGAAUUGAAGAUCUUGGUGGACUACGAUGACAAUGGCUAUCUGCUGCAGAUAUUCACCAAGCCUGUACAGGACAGGCCCACUGUGUUCCUGGAGGUGAUACAGCGACACAACCACCAGGGCUUUGGCGCUGGGAAUUUCAAGUCCUUGUUUGAAGCCAUUGAGGCCGACCAGAAUGCCAGGGGAAACCUCACAGUUCUGACUCCAAAUGGGCAGUAUGAAGCUCUCUAGCCAUGAAGGAAGGACAGCAAAACGGGGCUCUCCCACACCCCACUCUGCCUACCAAGAUAAUGUGCAAUCACUGCGAUGGUGCUUUAGGAUCUCCAUUAAAGUGACCACCUCCUUCCAGUGAUGAUUGUGUGUUAUCUGUAUAGUGCUAUGUGGUUCAAUCACUUAAUCUAGCUAAAACAGUACCUCUUCAAACUCCUGAAUGGCCCGAGUGUUGUGUGGCUGUUUCACACUACUGCAGUGGGAAAGCUAGCCACAAUAUAGUCACAUCCAUGAAAACGUUUACAAACAGAAUCCCAGGCUCAGCAGUUUGCUCUCGUUGUCCUUGCUGUGUUGAUUAGGAAUAUAGAAGUGGGAAUCCUCCCACAGAAGGUGACUUCUGCCACCUCUUAACUAAAUGAAAGUUUCCUAUCAGAAUGGGAAAUGUAUCAGACACCAAAGAGCUGUUCAUUUCUGGCACUGCCCUGUCAUUAAGUCUGUAGUAACCUGUAUUUAUGCAUUGCAUUUAUAGAUGUGAGCCAUAUUUUCCUGACAUCUUCUAGCAAAUCCUUUCUUUAAUAAAGGUGAACAGGAGGGCACAGCAUUCAAAAACACACAGCAUUUUAAACAAGAAAACAUCUCAGGCAAUAGUUUGUGAUUUUUGUAUUGGAGACAUCAUAUUCUCUAGGAAAUAUCCUGAAAUAUGAUAAGAUAUUCAUAAAAUUAGUAGAAAUUACUCAUUUUUUUAUUCACCUGCAUGUUUUUUAAUCCCUUAUUGUAUUAACAAUUUUGAUAUACUGUACUUGCUAUAACAGCUUUUAAGCGUAGUUACUUCUGUAUCACUGUCUUUUGCAUGCAUGAAAUAAAUGACUUUUAGCCCAUCUGCUUUUGCUGGUCUUUCUUCUACUACAGAGUUGGGAGUACAGUUACAGCAGAUGACUUGCAUUUAGAGCCCCUGUAUCUGAUAGAGUUACUCACCAGUGACUUAGACGUUUAACUUUGAUGAUUUGGCAUAUAUUCUUCUUUAAGGUUUUCAUUUGUGGACUCUUAAAGAGAUACUGCAGUGAAUUAAUACUGUCCAUCAUGAGUUCAGUGAAAAUAUUAACACAAAUUGUAACUGUGGCUAAGAUAUGGCACAUAACUCAAAAACACACAGCACUGCUGACUCAUUUAGACAAAUUUUGCAGAAUGGGAGGAGGGUAUUCAGUCCUGCUGAAUUCCAAUACCCGCUAAUGUGAUUUAGCCCAAAGAGACAAAAACAAGACACGGACGUUCAGAAAAAACAGCCAUGCAUCCCCAGAAUCUGAAGGCCAGGAGUGCACUCUCUGGAGAAAGUGAAGUGAAACAAUUCACAUCACCUGUUAAACAUGAGACCUGUGCUUGUUUUUGAAC